AAUCCUCUCUGAUUUGACUCAUGCUUGUAGAUAUCUGCCUCAUUGUCAACAAACAUCAAUUGUGUCCCACCGACUUGUGGCAGUAAUUGAAUUAUCAUGGAUUCUUACAUUAUGCAGUUAAAAAGAGCCUGGUUGAAUAUGGAUGGACUGGCAUUAGCAGAUUUAUUGUCGCUACGUCACAAACACGUAAACAUCCCUCAAUUGAGCACUGAAAGUGCAAUGACGAAAGCAAUGGAGCAUUUGUCAGCUCCCUUCGAGGAUCUCGUUCUUCUCCAUUUGAAAACACUGGCCUCUGCGAAUGGAGAAGACGCACGUGCAGUGUACUACAAUCAGAGUGCAGUGGUCCAGAGCGUAACAAAAAUUCUCCAGUUGCAAAAAGAAGAAAACUGGAUGCUCCCUGUGAUGAACUUGGUCUGUCUGGAGCUGCGAUUAUUGGCAGUUCAGGCUGAAAACUUGAAGAAUAAAAACACAAAGCCUGGCGAAGUCCUCGAGAAGUGUGCAGAGUGCCUGAUGGGAUGUUUCAGAGUAUGUGCAGCUGAUAACAGAAGCGCAGAGGAAGAUACGAAACGAUGGGGAAUGCUCUCUCUCGUUAAUCAACUCUUAAAAGUCUAUUUUAGAAUCAAUAAAUUGCACCUGUGUAAACCCCUCAUCAGGGCUAUCGACUCUUCGGUUUAUAAGGAUCACUUCCCAUUGGCUCAGAGGAUUACGUAUAAAUUCUUCGUUGGGAGGAAAGCCAUGUUCGAUAGUGAUUAUAAAUCAGCUGACGAAUAUCUCACGUAUGCCUUUGAACACUGUCACAAAGCCUCUUCAAAGAAUAAACGUCUAAUUCUCACAUACCUAGUCCCUGUUAAAAUGCUCCUCGGGUACAUGCCAAAGCAGGCUCUCCUCGAAAAAUACCGCCUCAUGGAGUUCUGGGAACUGGUCGAGGCAGUCAAACGAGGAGAUCUGCGAAAAUUGGAAACAGUGAUGACUAAGCACGAGAGUUUUUUCAUUGGAGCUGGAAUUUACCUCAUAGUGGAGAAGUUAAAACUCCUGGCUUAUCGAAAUUUAUUCAAGAAAGUUUGGCUAGCAAUGAAUACUCAUCAAAUUCCGGUGCAAAAUUUGUUGACUGCCCUUCAGAUGUAUGGAGUCGAAGACAUUGAUAUGGACGAGACUGAAUGCCUAGUUGCGAAUUUAAUUUACGAAGGAAAGAUCAAAGGAUACAUCUCGCAUCAGCACAAAAAGUUAGUUAUUUCUAAGCAAAAUCCUUUCCCAAAUCUUUCUUCGAUAUUAUGAGAUUCUUUUAUGUCAAUUGCUGAACUUAAUGAUCAAUAAAUCAAUUAUUUAUAUCUUUGAAAUAAAUAUCUAUAUUUGUACCCUUAGAA